AUGCUGCACCCCAACAAGACACAGCUCCAUCCUUCCUCCUUUCUUCUGUUGGGGAUUCCAGGGCUGGAAGACGUGCACAUCUGGAUCGGCUUCCCCUUCCUUGCAGUCUAUCUAAUAGCUCUCCUGGGAAACGUUACCAUCCUGUUCGUGAUCCAGACUGAACGCAGCCUCCACCAACCUAUGUUUUACUUCCUGGCCAUGUUGGCCUUCACUGACCUUGGCCUGUCCACAGCCACCAUCCCCAAGAUGCUGGGCAUCUUCUGGUUCAAUCUCAGGGAGAUUGUGUUUGGUGCUUGCAUCACACAGAUGUACACAAUUCACAUAUGCACUGGCCUGGAAUCUGUGGUGCUGACGGUCAUGGCCAUCUGCAACCCCCUGAGGUAUAGCAUGGUCCUCACCAGUAAGGUAAUAGCUAUCCUUGGCAUAGUCAUCAUAUUUAGGACUUUGGUAUUUGUGACUCCACUUAUCUUCCUUAUCCUGAGACUGCCUUUCUGUGAAGUCCGGAUCAUCCCCCACACCUAUUGUGAACACAUGGGUUUGGCAAAGUUGUCUUGUGCCAGUAUUAGGGUCAAUGUUAUCUAUGGCUUGAUUGCUUUCUCUGUGGGAUACAUUGAUCUUUCUGUGAUUGGAUUUUCAUAUGUCCAAAUCCUCAGAGCAGUCUUCCACCUCCCGUCCUGGGAUGCACGGCUCAAGGCACUCAGCAGCUGUGGAUCCCAUGUCUGCGUCAUGUUGGCCUUCUACCUGCCAGCACUCUUCUCCUCCAUGACCCACCGCUUUGGCCACAAUGUCCCUCACUGCAUCCACAUACUUCUGGCCAAUCUAUAUGUGGUUGUACCUCCUGCCCUUAAUCCUAUCAUCUAUGGUGUCAGGACAAAGCAGAUAAGAGAACGAGUACUUAGGAUGCUCAACCCAAAAAGCUAUUGA